ACCAUCGAUUCUUUUACACCCUUCGAGAACCAACCUUCUCGCUUCCCACCUCCGCAACCACACCACCACUACCAAGAUGUCUCUCUCUCCCUGCUGCCUUCAGAUCGGCUCCUUCCACAAGGGCACGCCUGCGGGCAAGAUGACCAAGCUCGACGGCAAGGACACCUAUGUGACUGGCAACUCUGACUCCUCGUCCGCUAUCCUCUUCAUCGCCGAUGUCUUUGGUAUCUCUCUCAACAACUCCAAGAUCCUCGCCGACAAGUACGCUGAGGGCACCGGCGCUACCGUCUACCUCCCCGACUACUUUGACGGCAAAGACCUCGUCGCCCAGGGCAUGCUGGAGGGCAAGUCAGUCGACAUCCCCGCCUUCCUUGCACAGUUUCCCCCUCGCGACCAGGCUUGGAAGCAGUCCGAGACCUUUGUGGCCGAGAUCAAGAAGCAGCAGCCCAGCGUCAAGAAAAUGGGCGCUGUCGGCUUCUGCUGGGGAGCUACUUCGGUCUUGCACUUGGGCAGCAAGGAUGCCGGACAGAAUGGGGUCGACGCUGUGGCCUUUGCUCACCCGAGCAUCAUCGAGGCUUCGGACUUCGAGAAGCUCGAGAAGCCCGGCUGCUUCAUCUGCCCGGAGCACGACGAGCAGUUCCCUUCUACGAAGCGGCAGGCCUCGUGGGAGGUAGCUACCAAGACGCUCGCCCCCAAGAAGGUCUUCACGUCCUUCGUUUUCCUCCCUGGACUCAAGCACGGCUUCGCUACGCGUGGCGACUCGGAGGAUGAGUUCACCGCUACGGGCAUGCAGCACGCUGCCAACCAGGUCAUCGGCCACUUCACCAUGUUCCUCAAGUAGACCAUCGUCACACGCAUCACGAAGCGCAGCGCCUUUGCUUGGAUGUAGAUUCCCCUCUUCACACAGCCAUAUGAGUACCGCGCACGAAACAAUGAUUUCAAUGAACGAAACAAUGAUUUCAAUGAGAGAGA